UGGUCCUGGGACUUUGUUUGCGCUACUAUGAAGAAUGCUGAGUACACACUUCACUGCCAAGAGCCAACCAUUCCCCAGCUUUGGGUCAGUCCCGUCCGCAGAGAAAGUGUGCGUCCACCUCCACGAGCGCAGGUGCUUAGCUGGUGAAUAUGCAGAAACACGAUCUGUGUGAGGUGACGCAUGAUUAAACCACACCCUGAACACAAAGAACAACCACAGCGCUUCUACACACCCAACAUAGACUCAACACCUGAUGCUUCAGCCGCACAAGUCCCGAUGGCGGAGGAGGCUGACUUUAUGCGGUCUGUGUUGCCCGUUCGCGGCGCUUUUCACUCGGUAGAUUCAUCUUUAGCUUUACCGCAGGCGGACAAGCUCGCUCUCGCGGACGCGCACCGGCUGAACCGACUACAGCAACAAGUGCAGCUCUCUCUCUCUCGGAAAAGAAAGAAACCCAAACCGCCAGAGUCAUCUCUCUCAGACAGUCUGUCCAGCUUUCAUAUUUCAAGUAGUUCAUCUUUAGGAAGUCUACACCUAAAGCAGACGUUCUCCGUCAUUCAUGAAGCCACAAGGUUGUCACGGAUGGUUGAUCGAUCUCAGUGGUCAAGUACCAAGCCACCUCAAUUUCACAGAGGCUAUGGAAGCUUUCGUUACACUGCUAAACAGCCAGCUUUAUGCUGGGGGUCCAAUUCUCUCACUCUCCCCUCGGCCCCUACAGUCAACCAAUCCCAUAUGAACAAACAAACUUUACUUUACGCCCACUCCGAGGUUCUGCGAAACCCGAGGUUCGCAGGCCUGUCGGCUGUCACUCAGCUCCCCAGUAAACCUGUGUAUGAGAACAAUAACAUAGAUGAUACAGAUGAUGUGUUUUUACCCAACACCCGACACAAUGCUCCUGCAGAGAGAAACAGGAUGGAGUUAGAGAAGCACACCCUUCAGAAGACCCUCUGCAACCCGAGAGAGGGGGGUUUCAGAGAACAAUCAGAGAACGUGUCCUGGCAGAGCCGAAUACGGAAGCCAAGCCUGGAGUUUGUUGCAGGAAGACCCUCUCAACCUGGCUCACUGAUCAGCAUUGAGGAGCAGUCAAGGAGUUUAGGGAGGAUAGAAAAGCUGGAGGUCACACAACAAGCAAGGACAGCAUCAGCAAAGAAGGGCAGACAAGCUGAACUAGGUCCAGAGAUGACACUAAAAGAGGCUGUAAAUCUCCUUGCACCAGAUAAUAUGGAAACACAAAUCACUGCGGCCAACUUCAUACAGAACCAGUGCUUUAACAGUUCUGAUGCCAAGAAAAAGGUACUUUAUCUUCAAGGCAUCCCAAAGCUGCUGAAGCUCAUGCAGAGUGAGAGCGAGGAGCUCCAACGGGCUGCUGUCAGCGCACUCCGAAAUAUUGUUUUCGAAAACAAUGAGAACAAAAUGGAAGUCAAAGAGUGUGAGGGGCUUCCAGUGAUCCUAACACUGCUCAAGAAGAACCGAGAUAUUGAGACCCGACAGCAGCUCACUGGGCUGCUGUGGAAUCUGUCUUCUCAUGAUGUCCUGAAAGAGCAGCUCGCUAGAGAAGCAGCCAAACCUCUCACAGAUAGUGUGCUGGUGCCCUGCUCAGGCAUUUCAGAGGGGGAAGACCCCAAGUUGGAGCUCCUUGCUGACCCCGUCAUUUUCUACAAUGCUACUGGCUGCCUGAGUUCAGCUGGUCCAGAUGGACGUAACUCCAAUGCUCGGGACUGCGAGGGUCUCAUUGAGUGCAUCAUCUAUUACCGUCCACAAUACCAUCAGCAGACCUACAAACCUGCUGAUAAGGCCACAGAAAACUGUAUGUGCAUCCUGCACAAUCUUUCUUAUCGGUUUGAUUGUGAGUUGCCUCGUGUGGAUUCCCCGGUGCUACAACAGCCCAAACAAAAUCACAAUGCAGAAACUAGCAACCCCGGCUGCUUCAUCCUCAAUAGUCCCAAAAACACUGAAGAGGAAGCAGAUGCAGACUAUCCCUUACUCGAAGAGAACGGCAGCCCUCACGGUGUGGAGUGGCUCUGGUGCGCCAUCACUGUCCGCAUGUAUCUCUCUCUCAUUGCCGUCAGCACAAACCAGCACACGAAAGAGGCAUCCAUUGGAGCACUGCAGAACCUCACAGCUUGCUCUGGAGAGAUAUCCCAAGCCAUCGCACACUUCAUUGUGCAAAAAGAGGGAGGCCUAUCUCAAGUGAAGAAGAUGCUACAAGAAGGAGAGAAGGAGGAGAUCAGAAUAUCUGUGUCACUGCUAAAAAACAUCUCUCGUUACCGAGAACUGCACAAAGAUAUUGUUAAACAGGUGUUACCGGAGCUGGUUGCCGUCCUGCCAAACUCUGACCGAAGUGUAGAGCAGCCUAUAGAGGUCACCGUGACGAUUUGUCGCAUUCUCAUCAAUCUGAGCCAUGCAUCUGUACCGAACACCUGUGCCAUCAUAAACCAAGGAGCGUUACCCAAGAUCAUCAGCAUCAGCACUAAAGACAGCGGGUUUGGACCCACACGGGCGGGCGAGGCGGCUUGUAUUUUACUUCAUACUCUAUGGAGGCAUUCAGAGCUGCACAGCAGUUUCAAAAAGGCCGGUUACAGGAAAACUGACUUCAUUAACAACAGGACAGUGAAGGCUGUGAAUUCAGUUCGUGAUUAAUGGGGUCCAGAAAUAUACCACGAUGAUCAAGGCUUUUCACCUGCUUUUUUAGGCUAUAUUUAAAAAAAUGGUGCUAAUAACAUGGCUUUGGUGCGUGUUUGUAUAUAUGCUCUUAAUUUAAUACUUGAUAGUUUACUCUGUGUUUUAAUUUAAUGAUAAUAGUUAUGUCUGUCGAAGUUAAUUUAUUUUUUACUGAACUUUUUAAGAUUUUUUUUACUGUCUUUGGUCUGUUUAAAUAGCAAUAUUAAAGCAUUUUCAUCAACAAAGAUA